UUCCCCUUCCCUCUCUCUCUCUCUCUCCCUCUCUACAAUUUAUAUAAGCACGCACGUGGUACAUGUAUCCACAAUAACCAAUCUAGCAAACUCGCCAUUAUUGAUUCACUCACCAAAAAUUCAAAUCUUCUUUUCAGAAGAUACGAAUUCUCUUCUACUAGCAAUUCCACUUUCUCUUGAUCCAAACACCACGAUUCGCAUCCUCACUGAUUCGAAUCUGAAUCUCUCCUCGUUUUGCACUCAUUCCCUACUCUCUUCGCUCAAGUUCAAUUCCUCUGUUUGUUAAAGCACAUCGAAGCUCUCAGAAGGAAGAAAAAAAAAGUGAGAGAUGGUUAACUUUGGGAAAAAGUUGAAGGAAAGACAAAUUCAAGAAUGGCAAAGAUAUUACAUCAACUACAAAUUAAUGAAGAAGAAAGUAAAGCAAUAUGCUCACCAAAUUCAAAUUGGAUCAAUAGAACGCCGACAUGUUCUCAAAGAUUUCUCAAGAAUGCUGGAUAACCAGAUUGAAAAGAUUGUCCUUUUUCUGUUGCAACAACAAGGACUACUUGCAAGCAGGAUUGUCAAGCUUGGAGAACAGCAAGAUUCUCUUCAACAGCAGCCAGAUAUAUCCAAGAUAUCCGAACUACGAGAAGCUUAUAGAGCAGUGGGACGAGAUCUUUUGAAGCUUCUAAUUUUUGUUGAGAUGAAUGCAAUUGGUCUGCGUAAGAUACUUAAGAAGUUUGACAAACGAUUUGGCUAUAGAUUCACUGAUUACUAUGUUAAAACUCGUGCUAAUCACCCUUAUUCCCAGCUGCAACAAGUGUUCAAGCAUGUGGGGUUAGGGGCAGUUGUGGGAGCCGUAUCUCGCAAUCUUGCAGAUCUUCAGGACCGUCAAGGAAGCUACUUAUCCAUUUAUGACCAACCGGCUCUGCCCCUACAGGAUCCUGUCAUUGAAUCCAUAAAAGCAGCUGUAGACAGAUUAACACACUCAACAAACUUCCUUCACUUUUUGGCACAACAUGCACUUACAAUGCAAGAAGAGUUACCUACUCCAACUGAGGAAUAUGCUGAUGAUCAGACAUACCAUUUUAUGUCGCUUCUCUUGAACUUAGCAAACACAUUUCUGUACAUGGUCAACUCAUAUAUCAUUGUUCCAACAGCCGAUGACUAUUCUAUCAGCCUUGGUGCUGCUGCAACUGUUUGUGGGAUUGUGAUUGGUGCAAUGGCCGUUGCGCAGGUCUUUUCUUCAGUGUAUUUCAGUGCUUGGUCAAAUAAAUCAUACUUCAAACCUUUAGUAUUUAGUAGUAUAGUUCUGCUUGUGGGAAAUAUCAUGUAUGCAUUGGCUUACGACCUUAAUUCAAUUGCAGUUCUUCUAAUGGGCCGUAUAUUUUGUGGCUUGGGUUCUGCCAGAGCUGUUAACCGGCGUUAUAUCAGCGACUGUGUACCACUCAAAAUCCGCUUGCAGGCUUCAGCAGCUUUUGUUAGUGCCAGUGCUCUUGGAAUGGCUUGUGGCCCUGCACUUGCUGGCUUACUUCAAACUAAUUUCAAGAUUUACAAGAUCACAUUUAACCAAGAUACUUUGCCUGGAUGGGUUAUGUCUGUAGCAUGGCUUUUUUAUCUAAUAUGGUUAUGGAUCUCAUUUAAAGAACCUUCACGUGAGACUGAUCAGAAACAUACACCUGAAGGACAUAAUGCUGGUCAAGUAGAGAAUGAUGCACUUGAAAGUGGUCUUGCUCAACCAUUGCUCUAUAGUUCAGAAGCCAAUCAACAAGAUGAAGAUGAUGACCAAGAAUGUGAUGGAACUGAAGAAGCUCCUGAGGAGUCUCGUCAACCAGCCACUUCUUUAGCAGCGGCAUAUAGAUUACUCACUCCAUCUGUAAAGGUUCAAUUGCUGAUUUACUUCAUGCUUAAAUAUGCAAUGGAGAUUUUACUCUCAGAAUCUAGUGUCAUCACCACAUACUACUUCUAUUGGUCCACGAGCACAGUGGCAAUUUUUCUUGCUUGUCUUGGCCUAACAGUUCUUCCAAUAAACAUUGUUGUUGGAAGCUACAUCAGCAACAUGUUCGAAGACAGGCAAAUUUUAUUAGCAUCUGAAAUUAUGGUUUGUCUGGGCAUACUCCUAAGCUUCCAGAUAGUAAUUCCAUAUUCUGUGCCCCAAUAUGUCUGUUCAGGACUCAUUAUGUUCGUGUCUGCUGAAGUACUAGAGGGUGUCAACUUGUCACUCCUCUCUCGGGUUAUGUCGUCAAGGCUAUCUCGUGGGACCUACAACGGUGGAUUGCUAUCGACUGAAGCUGGAACUAUUGCUCGAGUGAUUGCAGAUGUGACGAUAACUGUGGCAGGGUACUUGGGUGAGAGUAGGCUCUUGAACAUAACCCUACUUCCUUCACUCUUAAUUUGUAUAUCCUCUAUUAUUGCCACCUGCUGUACCUACAAUUCUCUCUAUUAGUUGUCUCUUGUAUUGAGAAAAUGUCCUUUAAGGUCCCAAAUCAUCGCCGGUUCCCUCGCAGUUAGUUUGGAAUGAAGGGAUUUCAUGGGAUUGGUACUUAAAAAUGAGAUUUUCAAUGUUUUACUUGUACCCCCCCGCGGGUAAAGAGAAAAAAAAAAAGAAAAAAAAAGAGAGAAAGAAAAAGAAAAAGGGAGAAGAUUUUUGACUGUUUGGAAUAAAGGAAUAUUGUAAAAUUUAAUUUAAUUUUUUUUUUCUCUCCCCAUUGAAACCAAACAAUAGAAGGGAAAAUUCUGUACUUAAAAUUCCCCUUCGUUUGCCUUAUUCAAAUUCAAUUUCCAAAUGGAUUUGGUUCUGAACA